AUUACAUCACUACAUAUUGAAUAAUGUUGUCAAAAAGAUUAAGUUUAUUAAUAGUUUUCUUUUCUGAAAAUAUACUUGUUUGAAAGAUCUACAUAGUUUUUUUUUCUAAAACAUUAGUCUCUUGUGUAUAUAUUAAAUAAAGAAAUCAAAAAGUAGAUUUACCAAAUUAAUACAUUACAGAAAACAAAUAUCUAUUUUAAGCAAUAUAAAUCGUAGAAAAAUUUCCAAAUCUAUAGAUGUGUUUAACAAGUUUGAGUAGUUUCUUUAAUUACGUGAUCUAAAUUUUUUAACUUUAAGAAAAAAAUGUAAAUGUAUUUCAAUAUAUAAUAGAUUUAUUAAAAUUGAUUAAAACAAAAAAUGUGAUGAUAAUAUUAUUAUCAUUUUUAAAAAUAAUUUUAUCAUAGAUACUACUAUAUUUUGAAUCAAAUUUGACUUUUGUUUACUUUAAUGUUAUUGAAAACGAAUUUGAGAUCCCAAUGUAAAAUAAAAAAAAAAUAAAAAAAUAUCAUAUUAGCAAACAAACUAAUGGAAUAUCAAACUUUUACCUCCACGCGCCACUGUUAAGAGAGUUUUUUCACCACUUGUGCGUAUAGCCGAAGAAACGUCAGUGUCCCAGUCGAUAAACUUUUUUCCUCCUUUAUUAGAUAGAUUUCUUUUAUCAAUCUGCCGUCUCUGUGAUCUACUAAUCGGGUACGUUGUCUGGUUUAUAAAGCCUCUCUCUUUGGUCUUUUCAUUUCCUCUUCCACUUCGCCGACGAGAUUAAAGUCCAAGACAGAACAAUCUGUGUGAAUGGAAGAAGUUACUCUGAUUCUCCUUUUCAAGAUUAUCUUGUGAGCAAUUUUUUUCCUUGCACACUCUCUUAUCUUGAAUGCUCUUACGUCAAUAGUGUUGUGAGGUUGAUAUUAACUCCUCUGUUUUGGUUUCAACUUAUUAAUUCCUCUGUUUUGGUUUCAACUAUUAACUCCUCUGUUUUGGUUUCAACUAUUAACUCCUCUGCUUUGGUUUCAACCACUAACUACUCUGUUCUGGUUUCAGCCUUGUUAAACUAUGAAGAAGGAAUGGUGUUGAGAUGGGAAGGAGUGAUGUGCGGAGGAUCAGGAGAUGAAGGAGAGGCAACGUUGGAGUGGUGAAGAAGAUGCAUUGCUACGCGCCUACGUCAGACAGUUCGGUCCUAGAGAAUGGCAUCUCGUCUCCGACCGCAUGAACAAGCCUCUCAACCGUGACGCAAAGUCUUGUCUAGAGCGGUGGAAGAACUACCUCAAGCCAGGGAUCAAGAAAGGGUCUCUGACCGAGGAAGAGCAGAGGCUUGUGAUCCGUUUACAGGAGAAGCACGGCAACAAGUGGAAGAAGAUCGCCGCCGAGGUUCCCGGGAGGACGGCGAAGCGGUUAGGGAAGUGGUGGGAAGUGUUCAAGGAGAAGCAGCAGAGAGAGGAGAAAGAGAGUAACAAGAGAGUCGAGCCUAUUGACGAGAGCAAGUACGAUAGGAUCCUCGAGAGUUUCGCUGAGAAGCUUGUGAAAGAGCGCUCUGUUUCGGUCCCUAUGGCUAGUUCUAAUGGUCCUCCUUCUAAUCAUGUGAUCCCGCCUUGGUUAGCUACUCCUAACAACGGGAACAGUGUUUCUGUGAGACCUCCCUCGGUGACUCUCACUUUAUCACCUUCCUCAGUGGCUGCAGCUUCACCUCAGCCGCCUAUACCAUGGCUGCAGCAGCCUGAGAGAGGAGAGACUCAUGUGUUAGGGAGUAUGAUACCGUCUUGUAGUGGUGGUAAUAGUGAGAGUGUGUUCAUGUCAGAGCUCAUGGAGUGUUGUAGAGAGUUGGAGGAAGGACACAGAGCAUGGGCUGAGCAUAAGAAGGAGGCGGCUUGGAGGCUGAGGAGGCUGGAGCUGCAGCUAGAGUCAGAGAAGACGAGUAGACAAAGGGAGAAGAUGGAGGAGAUUGAGGCAAAGAUGAAGGCUUUGAGGGAAGAGCAGAAGAUGGCAAUGGAGAAGAUUGAAGGAGAGUAUAGAGAACAGCUUGUUGGUUUGAGGAGAGACGCUGAGGCCAAGGAGCAGAAACUGGCUGAUCAAUGGAGUUCUAAGCAUAUUAGGCUCACCAAGUUUCUUGAACAGCACAUGGGUUGCAGGCAGAGGCUAUUAGACCGGCCAUGAACCCUGAACCAAACCUACUAAGAUGUCUUCUCCUCGUUGUUGUGUCAUGUAAUGUAAGCUUUUUGUUUUUGAGUUUCUUUUUUCAUUUGAUGUCUCCAAUGUUAAUCAGACUUUUUGGUUCCUUAACUCAGCAUUUAUUGUAUGUGUUGGUUUCUCUUCUUUAAAUCAUUUGGUAUCUCCAAUGUAGGCA